GUAAACCGUCCUUUAUGUACACAGCACUUUGACAGAUCAAACCGUCUUUGGUUGUAAUUUUUGACAGUGGUUUUCGUUGCGACGAACAAAUAAAUGCACAGUCAAGCGAUAGCCUGAGUUUUUAUUACAAUAACAAUCUUAAAGCCGACUCAUCCACGAUUUCUUAACAUUCUCUGAAUCAUCUAUCGAGACGUAAAUUGUGUUUGUUAAAAAUAUGCCAGUAACAGCAACAAAUGAAAAUAUGGAUGUCGACACUGACAAUAAUAUUGGCGAAGCUUCAACCAGUAAUUCAGCCACAAACACAACGCCGUCCACGUCGAAUCCAGCGCCGGCGACUGCAUCCGCAGCAUCAGCGGCCAGUACCAGCAAACAAUGCACAGACUCAUCCUUAAACAGUGUUAUGGCCAGUCCGGCUACCAUUCCAUCAGUCACAGUUUCCCUACAUCCGUUGGUUAUUAUGAAUAUAUCAGAGCAUUGGACACGGAUUCGAGCUCAAAAUGGUAGCCCUCAACAAGUGAUUGGUGCAUUAAUCGGUAAACAAAGCGGUCGUAAUGUUGAGGUUAUGAACUCAUUUGAAUUGAAAUUCAAGUUUGUUAACCAAGAUAUCAUCAUCUGCCAGGAUUAUUAUCGCACAAAAGAAGAACAAUACAAACAAGUGUUCAAAGAUUUGGAUUUUCUUGGCUGGUACACCACUGGCGGUCGACCAAGCGAACAAGACAUCAAAGUGCAUAAGCAAAUAUGUGAAAUCAAUGAGUGUCCAAUCAUGUUACAACUCAGUCCACAAUCACGAAACUUUGAUCAAUUGCCGGUGAAGAUUUAUGAAUCGGUGAUUGAUAUUGUACAAGGUGAAGCGACCAUGUUGUUUGUCAAUUUAUCGUAUACAUUGGCCACAGAAGAAGCUGAACGAAUUGGUGUCGAUCAUGUUGUUCGCACAUCAACACAUGAAAAUGGCGGAAAGUCAACUGUUGCUGAACAUUUAAUCGCACAGCAUAGUGCAAUUAAAAUGUUGCAUUCGCGCGUCAAAUUGAUUUUGGCAUACAUCAAAGCCAUUGAAAGUGGUUCGUUACCAGCCAAUAGUGAAAUUUUGCGUGAAGCAUAUGCCUUAAGUCAACGCCUGCCGGUUAUUCAAAGUUCGACAUUUAAAGAGGAAUACUAUACGCAAUCAAACGAUGUUGGUUUGAUCACAUUUUUGGGAACGUUAACAAAAGGCUGUAACGAUAUCAAUCACUUUGUGAACAAGUUCAAUGUGUUGUAUGAUCGUCAAGGACGUGGUCGUAUGCGAGGCUUAUUCUUCUAAAACCAUUCUAAAAGCGAUGCAAUGGAAGCAGAUGCUACUGCAAAAUACCACGCUCACAAAAACACUCAAGCUUUGAUUUAUUAAGCAUAUUAUUUAAAAAAAAGUAAAACAAAAAAUAAACAAACAACAAAACAAAAAUUUACAAUGGAAUAAUUUCC